GUUACGGAUGAUAAGAUCCGAACUAUUCCGAAUGCGUUUGCAGGGAUUUAAUUAAGUAAAAUUGUGAAAUAUCCUACAAUUAUUAAAACAAUGCCGAAGUUACGGAAACUAGAGAUUACACUGAAUAGUCCACAGGUUGUAUAUUAUCCUGGACAAGUUAUACAAGGACAGGUUAUCAUAGAGUUAGCCGAGGAUAUGAAAAUGAGAGGUGUGCGUGUGAAAUGCCGUGGAAAAGGUCACAUAUAUUGGUCGGAAGGAUCAGGGGACAACAGACGGACAUAUAGUGCCUCGGAAGAUUAUGUUGAUGUUGUGCUACCACUCUAUGGCAAUGCUGGUGAAGAUAUUACCCUACAUGCUGGGAACCAUUUGUUCCCAUUUCAAUUUGUACUUCCCAUUAAUAUACCCGGGUCGUUUGAGGGGAAAUCCAGUUGCUAUGUAAGAUACUGGCUGAAGGCAAAUAUAGAUCGACCAUGGAAGUUUGAUCCUGAAUACAAGAUGCUGUUCACUGUUGGCUCAGUUUUAGAUCUGAACACUCAAGCAAAUGCCAUGUCACCACAACAAAGUAAUGACUCUAAGACAGUUUGUUGUUGCUGUUGUGAGAGCCAGCCAAUCACAGCAACAUUUCGUAUUGACAGGACAGGCUACGUGCCGGGAGAAUCUAUUUGUUGUAAUGCUGAGAUAAAUGAGGGCACUGGUAGAGGAGUCCACAGUUCAAAGGUCAAACUUAUGAUGAAAACCACUUACCGCACUCAUGGUGGCUCUAAGACGAAACAGACUACAGAAGUUGCCCGUCUAGAGCAUGGCAGCAUUACACCUGGAGGCUCGGAUAUUUGGAGUGGUGAGAGGAUUCAGGUGCCACCAGUACCUCCAUCUUUCUUACCUUACUGCAAUAUCAUAGAAAUAGACUAUUACGUAGUGCUAGCUGUUGAUGUCUCGGACACACCAUUUGAUCUGACAUUAGAACUUCCUGUGGUUAUAGGUUCUAUACCUCUACAAUCAGUUGUAAGCCAGUACAUGCCUCAGAUGCAGCCAGGAACCAUCACUAACCAACCAAUGGGAUUUAGUGCUCCUGUGAACUUUGACCUACCACCACCAGCCUAUCAUGAGUGUGUCUUCGGAAAGGUCGAUACAACAGAUGAUGAUGAUAAAAAUGCCGGAGGGAAUAUGAAUUACGCCCCAUCCUACACCUACUACGACUGGAUGAGUCAGCCUCCAGCCCCAGCCCAGUAUUAGUUCAUUUGACCAGCAUCACCACAAAACCAACAUAAUGGGUUUGCGACCAGCAGGGAUCCAGACCAGCUUUGGCGUCCGCGUAGUAUGCUGUUCGCUUUUAAUUUCUUUACUUGUUAUAGGGUCUGUAAGUGAACAGCAUGGAUCCUGAUCAAACUGCGCAGAUGUGCAGGCUGAUCUGGAUCCAUGCUGGUCGCAAACACAUUAUGUUGGUUUUGUUGUGACGCGGCUCAUUUGAUGCUUACACAACAUGACAGAUCUGUUACUGCUUUAGGUUCUUGUUAUUAAAACUGUACAUCAUUCUCUAAUUAUUUUAUGUGAGAAAAGUCUUUGUGCAAUAAAGUGUUUGGUGAGUGAAAGGACUUUGGAAAGGUCUUAUAUUUUUGCUCAAACUUUUUAUCUUUCUACAUUGUUUUACAGUUUUGUUAAUUUCCAUGACAUGUUUUUAACUAAGUAUGUGUGUUCUUUCUAGAACUAUGUCUAAUAAAAUAUUUUUUUAUGAAAUAUUCAAUGGUAAAAUUAGGUGGUAUCUGUAAUCCAAUGAUUGAUUCUCAAACGGGUUGUUAACAUAGAAUAUCUCUAUUAUGUAACAAAGAUGAAUAGUGUACAUGUAUAUAAACAGAAUGUUGUUAAACAACAUAUGCUUCUGUUUUUAAAAGGUUUUUACUUUAAAGCAAUGAGUUUGUUACAUGUUUGGAAACUACUUGAUAAAGUUUAGAAAUGUUCAAUUACUUAUUUUGAAAUUUUUAGAGUAUACAUUAACAAUGUAACUUUUAUCUAUCCUCAUGAAGUUCAUGAUUUUAUAUUGUCUGUUCCAUUUAGUUCUUGUUUUUUAGCUCACCUGUCACAAAGUGACAGGGUGAGUUAUUUUUAUCGCUUUUCGUCCGGCGUCCGGCCAUCGUCCGCCCGUCCGUAAACUUUUGCUUUAAGUGACAUCUCCUCAUAAACCACUGAGCCAAUUUCAUCCAAACUUCACAGGAAUGUUCCUUUGGUGGUCACCUUUAAAAAUUGUUCAAAGAAUUUAAUUCCAUGCAGAACUCUGGUUGCCAUGGCAACCAAAAGAAAAAACUUUAAAUAUCUUUUUUUAAAAAAACAUAAGAGCUAGAGCUUAGAUAUUUGGCAUGAAACAUCUUCUAGUGAGUGUAUACCAAGUUUGUUCAAAUAAAAGCCCUGGGGUCAAAAUUGGCUCCGCCCCUGGGAGUCAUUGAUUUUCCCUAUAUGCAUAUAGUAAAAACUUAAAAAAUCUUCUUUUAAAGAACCGUAAGAGCUAGAGCUUAGAUAUUUGGCAUGAAACAUCUUCUAGUGAAUGUCUACCAAGUUUGUUCAAAUAAAAGCCCUGGGGUCAAAAUUGGCCCGGACCCAGGGGGUCAUUGAUUUUCCCUAUAUGCAUAUAGUGAAAACUUAAAAAAUCUUCUUUUAAAGAACCCAAAGAGCUAGAGCUAAGAUAUUAAGCAUGAAACAUCUUCUAGUGAGUGUCUACCAAGUUUGUUCAAAUUAAAGCCCUGGGGUCAAAAUUGGCCACGCCCCGGGGGUCAUUGAUUUUCCCUAUAUGCAUAUAGUAAAAUCUUAAAAAAUCUUCUUUUAAAGAACCAUAAGAGCUAGAGCUUAGAUAUUUGGCAUGAAACAUCUUCUAGUGAAUAUCUACCAAGUUUGUUCAAAUAAAAGCCCUGGGGUCAAAAUUGACCCCGCCCCAGGGGGUCAUAGAUUUUCCCUAUAUGCAUAUAGUAAAAACUUUAAAAAAUUUCUUGUAAAGAACCAAAGAGCUAGAGCUAAGAUAUUAAGCAUGAAACAUCUUCUAGUGAGUGUCUACCAAGUUUGUUCAAAUUAAAGCCCUUGGGUCAAAAUUGGCCCCACCAAGGGGGUCAUUGAUUUUCCCUAUAUGCAUAUGGUAAAAACUUAAAAAAUCUUCUUUUAAAGAACCAUAAGAGCUAGAGCUUAGAUAUUUGGCAUGAAACAUCUUCUAGUGAAUGUCUACCAAGUUUGUUCAAAUAAAAGCCCUGGGGUCAAAAUUGACCCUGCCCCAGGGGGUCAUAGAUUUUCCCUAUAUGCAUAUAGUAAAAACUUAAAAAAUCUUCUUUUAAAGAACCCAAAGAGCUAGAGCUAAGAUAUUUAGCAUGAAACAUCUUCUAAUGAGUGUCUACCAAGUUUGUUCAAAUAAAAGCUCUGGGGUCAAAAUUGGCCCCGCCCCAGGGGGUCAUUGAUUUUCCCUAUAUGCAUAUAGUAAAAACUUAAAAAAUCUUCUUUUAAAGAACUCAAAGAGCUAGAGCUAAGAUAUUUAGCAUGAAACAUGUUUUAAUGGGUGUCUACCAAGUAUGUUCAAAUAAAAGCCCUGGGGUCAAAACUGGCCCCGCCCGGGGGGGGGGGGUCAUUGAUUUUUCCUUAUAUGUGUAUAGCAAAAGCUUAAAAAUCUUCUUUGGAAAAACCCCAAAUAGCUAGAGUUUAGAUAUAAAGCAUGAAAUAUCUUUAAGUAAAUAUCUACAAAGUUUGUUAAAAUAAACGCCCGGGGGUCAAAACUGGCCCUGCCCCAGGGGUGACAUUGUUUUUAACUAUAUGUGUAUAGUAAAAUCUUUAAAAAUCUUCUUUUAAAAAAGCCAAUGAGCUAGAACUUAGAUGUUUAGCAUGAAAAUCUUCUUAUGGGUGUGUACCAAGUCUGUUCAAAUAAACAAAUAAAAGCCCUUGGGUAAAAAUUGGCCCGGGGGUGGGGGGGGGUGCCUAUAUACAGGUGAGCGACCUCAGGGCCAUCAUGGCCCUCUUGUUUGUUUUUCUGAUAAAUCUACAACAUUACUACCUCUAUAAUUAGGAGGGGAAAAAUGUCCGAGAGGCUAAUUGUCAGGGAUUCUGUAUUGUCAUCCCAACUUACACAGAAUUAAUAAAAUGGACAUUUUAUACAGGAAAUGGUUAUACCAGGACAAUAAAUCUUACCUGUAAUUAAUUAGAUGUUAUACUAAGUUCUCAUUUAUAUAUUUUUUAAAAAUCUGCCAUUUUAGGCCAUUUGAAUAUAUGUCAUGAAGUAUCCUGUUGAAACCUGUGUUAUUUCGUUUACAAAAAUCAUGUGGUAGCCACAUUUUUCUUGAAGUUUAGAUAUUUAGUAUGGAAUAAUAAUUGUUGGAAGGUUAGUGUAUUGUCUAAGGUUAGUGUAUGUUUUAGGCACAGUUGAACAGUUAUCAGUUUUAAUCCGCAUAAAAGCUUCUAUUAUUAUUUUGAUCCUAAAAUUCCAAAUAUAAGAAGGCAGUGCCCUGCAUUGUUCUUCAAGUCUGUAUAAAAUAAGUUAUGACAAUCUGAGUAUGAAAAGGCAUGAUAGCUUGUUAUUAACAUGCAAGGAAUAGAAUAUUCAUUUAGGGGUUUAUACAGUAAAACUUAAAUGUGUCAAGUUUUGAUGUGUUGAUUUCCCUGCCUGUUUCCUAUUUAUUCUUAUAAAUACAUGUAUUUAUGUCCCACUUUUCAAUGUUUUUAAAAUGUCCGUAAAGAAUAAUUUGUGUAGAAAAUAAAACAAAGUCCUUGAAUUGUUUUAUUGACUCCUUUAAAGGGAGACACAGGCAAAAUUUUCAUUUCUUAGUUUUGAAAUUUUCAUUCAUUAUUCUGUAAAUGUCCUCAAAAUGAAUACACUAAACAGUCAAAGGAACAAAACUUUUCUCCAUAUAAAGAAUAAAAUGGUGUUUUUCUAACUUGACCCGCGUGGGUCAGGUUAGAGCGCUAAAAUUUCACAAUAGUUGUCACUCUGUACUCUGGACGCGUUAAAAAACAUGUCAAAUCAAUUACUUAGACUUGUUUCAAUCAUACAAUAUCCACAAUAUUUGUUAUUGUAACUUCCAGGGUUUGUUCAAAUCGCAUGACUUGUUUUUAAACUAUUCGGUGAUUCUGUUCGCGUCAAAAUUUCGUUCAACAUAUAUAGAUAUAUUUAAACUUCAAACCCAAAAUAUAUAGAAUUUAUACAGAAAUUCAUGUUGGGACUUUAAGAAAUGUCAUUUUAGGGUGAUUUGAGUACAGAAAAUCAUUUUUAUAUUUUUGCCAUUAUUUUGCCUGAGUAUCCCUUUAAAUCUCAAGAUAUAUUUCAGGUCGUUUCUAGCAGUGAUAAUGAUUGCUAUUUCAACAUGUAAGACACUGACAGAUAUUAAUUAGACAGGUGCUUGUUUUAUCAGACUCCUUUAUAGGGGUACUUAGGCAAAUUGAUGAUAAAAUAUCGAAAUGAUCUUAUGCACUCAAAUCAGGCUAAAUGAUAUUUUAUUAAAGUCCCAGCUUGGAUUUCUCUAAAAUUCUAUAUAUUUUGGGUUUGAAGCAUAAGUUAGGAAAGCACCAUUUUAUUCUUUAUAAGCAAAAAUGCUUUGUUCCUGUGACUGUCCAGUGUAUUCAUUUUGAGGACAUUUACAGAAAAAUAAGUAAAAAAAAAAAAAAAAAAAAAAAAAAAGAAAUGAAAAUUUUGCCUGUGUCUCCCUUUAAAUUUGGUAAGAAAAUGCUUUUUUUGAAAUCAUGUUUAACUCCUGUGAAACUUUACAAAUAGUUGCAUUUUGAUUAUUUCUACUGUACAUGAUAUGUUGGUUAGUAAAGUAUCCGAUGUCAAGUGAUAAUCAUGGUGGUUGUGUUUUAAAAAAUUCUCUUCAGUUUUUCCUAUGGAUCAUGAUGGUAAUCACAUAGGAUAUAUUUUAUAUGGUUAAUUUAUCACCCUUUCCUUUUGAAUGCCAGUGUCUGCAAGUGUUCACAAAAAUUACUGAAUGUCUACUUUAUUAUACUAUGUAAUGAAAGAAAAUAUGUAAGGUAUAAGCUUUGCACACACAUGUUCUUGUAUAUGUAAAUACAAUUGUUCAUGUCAUUGUGUACUUAUUACAUAUACGUGUAAUUUGAUGAUAAAUAUUGUUUUUUUGAUAUUAUUUUGAUAUGAUGAGCUUAUAGCUAUUACAGGUGAAAUAGUUGGGGUUUUUAUUCAUAAUCUGUGCAAUAAUUUUGUUCUCAUUUUCUUAUGUUCUUAUUUUCAUGUCUAGAGUGACAGAGAGCUAGAGAGAGGGAGGGACAGAGAGUUUUAACAAACAGUGUCUUGAUUAUUGUCUAACAAAAUAAUUUUAUAAAAUUUUAAAAUAGAAAAUUUAAUAUGUUGUUUCCAGAUGUUUUCUUACGGUCGAUUGUCAAAACAAUUGUAACCUAGAAUGUCCCAGUAAUUAAAAACAUACAUAUUGUUAUUGUAUGUAAAUCAAAUAAAAUGUUCUGGAAUAAAAUAAUCAGCUGCUAUUUUAAGUAAGGUUUUAACUAUUUAGCAAAAAAAUUAGGCAUGCAUUAUUUGCUUUAAAAGGAAAUGUACCACCAUAUCUCUUUCAAACUGGUAUUUGGAAUAUCCUUUUCAAAAUCUAAAUAAAACUGUUACACACAGCAGGUGGCAGAUAUGUAGUUUAAUGUACACUUAAAUGUUUCUGUUUUAUCUAAGGAAACUGAAUAAAACAGUCCCUAUCAAAAUAUUAUUUUGCUAAUUUUAGUAUCUGAAUAAUUUCUAGGUUUACUUGUCAAAAUAAAACAUCUUUUUUCCAAUUUAGUUACAUGUAUUUUGAUAUAAGAUUUUUAUGAAGAUACAGACAAAUAAUUUACUGAUUACAGACAUGCCUUAUAUAGUUUUAUAACUUUUAAAAUUUGUGCAUAUAUAAUAUAGACUUGUGGUCCGAUUCUGCCUUAGAAUUACAUUGUAUUAUGUUUUAAGAAUAUCCGUUUUAAUAUUAAGGAAUUCCUUAUUUUAAUAAUAUAUAUAUAAAGAUAGGUUUUGAUUCUUAUCAUUUGUUUUUGAAAAUUACUUCAGGCUCUUUACUACAUGACUGCAUAAAUCCAUCAUUUUUCAUUUUGUUACAUUUGGAAUGACAAUGACUACAAGUGUCAUCUGUAUAAAACCUGGCCUUUCUGCUUAUCCAGUCAGUCAUAACCAAAGUAACGAUGAGCAUUAAGAUAUUCAAAAUAUGUUCAGAUAUUUCUUUAUGUCCAAUUUCUUUUUACUUUUUUUUUUCUUGCCAUUUUAUAUUUGCUUUGUAUUGUCUUUACAUAACUUUUUUUUCAUCUUACACUAAAUAAGUCCAUGUGACUUGUUAUAUCCCCGCACAACAAAGUUGUAAGGGGGGUAUACUGGAAUCAGGUUGUCCGUCUGUCCGGCCGUCCGGCCGCACUAAUGAAUAGGGAUAGGGGGCCAUCUAACUGUAAACAGAACAAAAGGAACAAUAGAAUUCAUUCCGUAACAAUAGAAUAAGGGGUCAUGGCCCUCUAUUAAACAAAAGAAAAUAACAAUAGAAAUGGCCCUUUAUUCCAAAUCGGUCGUCCGUCCGGCUGUCCAUCGGUUUUUUCAUGUCCGCCCAAUAACUUAAGAUUCCUUUGACCUUUAGUCUUCAUAUUUGGCAUGGAGGUUAGUCAUGAUUAGUAGAUGACCCCUAUUGAUUUUGAGGUUACCAGGUCAAAGGUCAAGGUCACAGGGGCCUUGACUUCAAAAAGCUUGUCUGUCAAAUAACUUAAGAUUCCUUUGACCUACAGUCUUCAUAUUUGGCAUGGAGGUUAGUCAUGAUUAGUAGAUGACCCCUAUCGAUUUUGACGUCACCAGGUCAAAGGUCAAGGUCACGGGCCUUGACUUCAAAAAGCUUGUCCGCCCAAUAACUUAAGAUUCCUUUGACCUACAGUCUUCAUAUUUGGCAUGGAGGUUAGUCAUGAUUAGUAGAUGACCCCUUUUGAUUUUGAGGUCACCAGGUCAAAGGUCACAAGGGCUUUGACUUCAUAAAGCUUGUCUGCCCAAUAACUAAAGAUUGCUUUGACCCAUAGUCUUCAUAUUUGGCAAUGAGGUUAGUCAUGAUUAGUAGAUGACCCCUAUUGACUUUGAGGUCACCAGGUCAAAGGUCAAGGUCACAGGACUUGUCUGCCAAAUAACUUAAUAUUCCUUUGACUCACAGUCUUCAUAUUUGGCAUGGAAGUUAAUCAUGAUUAGUAGUAUGCGGGGGUAUUCACGCCAUGAUAGUGGCAGUUCUAGUUAUUUCUGAUUAAAUGUUCUUUGUUUUGUUAACUUUUGUAGGUUUUCUUAAUGUGAAUAGUAUGUUAAACUAACUGAAUAAGUACAGUAUGUGCUGAAAUAGUUCAACAUUGUACCAGUGAAGUUAAAAUUAUAUCAAUAAAAAAGUAUUAUAAUAAUAUGCAUAAUAAAAAUCUUUACCAAUGAGUAAAUCAUGUAUCUGUAUAGUAAAAUAUGUACCAUUUUAGUAAAAUAUGUACAUGAACCUUUAUACUAAAAUAUGUACUCGUAUAGUUACUGUAAAAUAUGUACCAGUAUACAGUAGUAAAAUUAUAAUAAAUACAUAUAUAAUUAUAUAUAGAUACAUAUGUACCAGUAUAGUAAAAUAUAUACAUGUACCAGUGUAGUAUAAGAAAUAUCAAUUAAGUAAAUGUUAAUUGGUAUGAAGUAGUGUGAAUAAAGAUUCAUGGAAGUUUGCUCUUUAAAUUGCAUAAUCCUAAAGAUUAAUCCUUUUUCUGGUUUAUUGAUUUUUAUGUAAAAUGUGGUAUAAAAUGUGGUAGCUUACCAUGAUUUGGUUGGUCUGUAUGUCCAUCAUAUGGACAUACUUCACUUCUUCUUUGUCCCAUCAAUAAUUUGAGAAGGAAUAAGCUUUGGUUAAUGUAAUUAGCCAUAGUCAUUUUGUGUCAGCAGUCAAGGUCUCAAUGGCAUUUGUUUACUAUUGAUUAGAUAUUUGUUUAUGGUCAAUAACUUUAAUUACAACUAUGAAACUUGAUAUUCGGUUACAUUUUGAUGAUUUGAAGUGAAUUGUACCUGCAACAUCCAUUUUUGUGUCAAAAGGGUAAAGGUCAGUGUUACCUUUAAUUUGAAAAUAUCUCGAUAUUCAGACAAAGGGCAAGUUUACUAUCCAGCUCAGAGUAAAGUGGGCAACCUGCUUCUGGUACAUAUUUUGUUAUACAUUUUGUAUAAGAAUUAAUAUGGUUAUUAAAAGUUUUAUAAUUUGAUUUUGUCAUCCAUAUUUUAUGAAUCUUAUGCAUUUGUUUAAACAUUCGUAUACUAUUUUUUCGUUGAUUAGAGGGUAAACUAAUAAAGUUCAUUCCAUGCAAUAUAUUUUUGUUACCAAUUUAAACAAUAGGAAUAGGAAUUGUUGCUGCUUCUGAUAUAUGAUACUUUAACAUUUACCUAGCUGGAACUGAAAGUGAUGAGCCUUGCCACCAGUAUAGAGACAGGCUAAUCUGUACAUCCAUGCAGUCUGACCAGGCUCUAUACUGUUAGAUGACAAACCUUAAAUUUUUAUCUUGAUGAAAUCCUUAAAUUGACAAUAGGCUCCAAAAAUGGAAGCUGGACAAGACUUUCUUUGAAGAAAUUCCGCAGAGUGGGUAUAUAAAACCUUUUUCCCAAAGUUUUGAUAUGUUGAAUAAUUGAUGUUGUAAGUUUUAAUAAUUUUCUAAAGCUUGUUAUAAUGGAUGAAUAUUCACAUUGAAAUAAUAAUAUGAUAAUUAUAGGAUGUCAGUCUGUAUUUUGUGCCUAGACCACGAUAGCUUUCAACAAGGUUUAGGUAAUUAAACACCAGAUGGAGCUUAUAUUGCUAUUAUGAUACCCUAGUCUGUGUGUAAUCCACAUUUUAUACCAUAUCCAUAGUCUGGUCUGUAUGAGGCAAGACAUGAUAAAAAAUGAUGGUAUCUUAGAAUGUCUUUUUACUUGACUAGGUGUAUAUCCGUAAUGCUAUUGUUAAAACUGUUUUUAUAUAAUUCUAUUUUUUAGACUUUUUUUUUCAUAACUAUUUUACAUUUAUGUAUUGUAUAAUGUAUUCUCAAUUGUGAUGUUAAGGCUGCAUUUUAUCAAUUUUAUUAAAACAGAAAUAGCUAUAUUUUGUCAUUUAAAAGGGUUCUUAUUGACUCCCAUUCUUACUGUGGUGUCUGGACGACUAAAAUGAGUGUUGUAAGCGUAAAUGACUGCAAUAUCGUUGUGGGGAAUUUGUAUGUACAAUUUCUGUUUGCAUGAAAAACUCCAUCUUUGGGUAAUUUGAACAUCAAUAGAAAAUCAACAACUUGGCUUUAUUAUAACAGUACAUGUGACUAUAUUCUUAUAUUAUCGAACAGAUGUUUCCGUACGAAUUUUAUCUCUCCUUUUAUUAGAUAAUUACUUUUUUAUAAACGUCAGAACGCUGUAACAGUAGAGGGUUGUUUAGAUGGGAAUAUACCACAUUUGCCUUAUUUUAGAUAUUCACAACUGUAAUGUUUUAAUUGCCUAUGCAACAAGGCAAAUAUAUUCUUCAUAUUUUGCAUGUUAAAAUCCAUAUACGAACAUUUGUUUUACCGUGGGGUGUUCUUUCUAAAAUAAUUAAUUUAUGAACAAUAUUUGCUGAGAUUUUCAAUACUAUUAAAAAAGACUAAUGAAUCUGUAGAAUGUUUGGUUUUAGCCCAACAACAAAAUAUUUUUACCUAUUUAUAAAAUGCAGCUUUGAUAUUAGUAGAGAUUGUGGGCUCUGCAAUGGAAUUUGUUUCAUACCAUUUAUAUAAUGAGCUCUGAAACUUUCAUAAAUUAAAUGUUUGAAGUCAAGGGUUUGUUAUGUGAUGAUACUGACUCAAAUUAGUUCUCUAUACGGCAUUACUGUUGCUAAAUAUUGUUACUUUCAUAUAUACAAGUAAAAUAAAAUACUGUAAACUGAA